AUGAGAUCCCAAUUCAAAGACGAACAUCCCUUUGAAAAAAGACAGGCAGAAGCCACCCGUAUCGCCCAGAGAUUCAAGGACAGGGUCCCUGUGAUCUGUGAAAAAGUGGAAAACUCCGACAUACCUGAAAUCGACAAGCGCAAGUACUUGGUACCUGUUGACUUAUCUGUUGGUCAGUUUGUAUAUGUGAUCAGAAAGAGAAUCAAGUUGCCAAGCGAAAAGGCAAUCUUCAUCUUUGUCAACGAUAUCUUGCCUCCUACUGCCGCUUUGAUCAGCACCAUUUACGAAGAACACAAGGACGAGGACGGUUUCUUGUACGUGUUGUACUCGGGCGAAAACACAUUUGGUCAAAAGAAGCCCUUAGACUUAUCCACCAUAGACUGGAGCGACUUGAGCGACUUAGAUUUGGCACAAAAGUAG